GGAAGAUGUUCAUUGGUGGCCUGAACUGGGAGACUACAGACCAAUCACUGAGAGAUUACUUCUCGCAGUUCGGCGAGGUUGUAGAAUGCACCGUUAUGAGAGAUGGCGCCACCGGUCGCUCGCGUGGCUUCGGAUUCCUUACCUUCAAGGACCCAAAAACAGUGAACAUUGUUAUGGUCAAGGAACACUACCUUGACGGCAAGAUCAUCGACCCGAAGCGCGCCAUUCCCCGCGAUGAGCAAGAGAAGACUUCCAAGAUCUUUGUUGGCGGCGUUUCUCAGGAGACUACGGACCACGAGUUCCGCGAGUACUUUGCCCAAUUCGGCCGUGUCGUCGAUGCCACCCUCAUGAUGGAUAAGGACACUGGCCGUCCCCGUGGUUUCGGCUUCGUCACCUUCGAGUCCGAAGCCGGCGUUGAGGCGU